AUGGAAAGCGGAAUGGAGGAGGAAAUGGAGGUGGAGUUGUUUUACUAUGAGGCUCGGGAAGUGGAUCCUGACUACGAGUUCGAUGCGCCGAUGUUCUUCGAUUUCAGCCGGGAGGAGACCUUCGCGGAGGCGCUGCUGGCCGAGCGGUGGUUCGGCGCGGCGUCUAGUUACCCUCCGUCUCCAUUUGUGGCAAAGUUGGUGCUGAGAGAGGAAAUCAUGUUGCAGAACAUUAAUACAUCUCCAAAACCUAAAGGUGCUGAAUAUAUGACCACCUCGCUCAAUGAUGAAGACGGUGGUGCUCUGGGCCCGGAAAGUGCAGCGGUGGGGGAUGACCAUAAAGGAUUCAUAUUUUACAAUCAUAUAUUGAGUGAUAAAUUCAAAGCCAAGGAGAAUCCGUUGAAGCCUAAAUCUCGAGGUUGCUCAACUUUGAUGAGACCAACAGCCAGUCUGUUGGCUAAGCAAAUACGAGCACCACAUGUUGGCGGUUCAAGGUUUCAAAUGGCUCUAGAUCAGAAAGGAAAAAGCAUACCUAACUCUUCCAUGGUCGAAAAUCAGGCUGCCAAACGGCAGAAGUUAGAGGGAGGUCAUCUGCGUAAGGUUGGUGAUGCAAAUCCCCAGACUGAUUUCCUCCAUAAAGCACCUGCUAAGCUGAGGAUAACCAUUCCAAGAGAGCCGGACUUUGAGACAGCACAUAGAGCACACAGAACAAGGCCUAUGAUUACAUCAGAAUUUGAACAUACAACAGUUGCUGUUCGAAGAUUCAAAGCACGCCCGUUGAACCGCAAAAUUCUUGAGGCCCCGUCGUUACCUAUCCCAAAGAAAAGCACUCCAAGGUUGCCUGAGUUUCACGAAUUUCACUUGAAAACAUCAGAAAGGGCCAAGCAGCAUACUUCUGCAGUUUCAUCUUCCUCACUUCAGUGCUCCGGUUCUAAUCAGGGCAUGGACAAGCAGGCUACAUUCUCUGUUGCAGAAAUGGGAAGGAGAGAAUCCCGAAGACCUAGUACCCUCAAUGCUGCAAAGCAGGAUGGACAAACUGCAGCACACAUAUUCAAAGCUCGCCCACUCAAUAAAAAGAUUCUUUCAAGCAAAGGAGACAUAGGUGUUUUUCGAAACAGCAAGCGGCAAACCACAGUGCCCAUGGAGUUUAAUCUCCAUACAGACAAGAGACCUCAUCAUAAUCCUCCGACAGACCUAUUUAGCAAGCUGUCAUUAAAAUCUGAAACCCAGCCAUGGGUGGAACCUCCGUCCCAGUUUACUCGAUCAAACCCUUCAGCUCAAGAGGUUUCUCUACUUAAGGGCUCAAAAGAGAAUCAGUUGAAUCAUCAGACAGACCACAAGAUGCAGCACGUACCGAAAGGAAGGCCAUCUGGUGGCUUUGGUGGAAAGCAGAUUCGCCCAGGAAGCAAUGGAUGCAACAGUGAUGUCGGGAACCAGUACGGCGUGAGGUAUGCAGCCGAGAAAAAGGAACUUGGGCAUCCGGUGAGAAGAGUAGCUGAGGCCUGA